AUGGCCACUCAUUCCUACAUUCGCCACGCCGAGCACUGGUUCAUUGUCGCUGGACUUCUCAAGUGGUUCGUUCGCCUGCCGUUGUGCGCACUUCAGCCCAGUGCCUUGGCCACGCCAUCUGCAAGUUCAGGCAUGCAGUUUUCCUCCAUUGUCGAGCUGUCCGCGUGUGUCGUGCCGCUGAUCAUUGCUGGCCUGGCCUCGGCCCUUGGAGACCGCGAUGGCCUCCGUCCUGUCGCUCAUGUGAAUGGUUUCAAGACCGUCAAGACAGAUCCACGGGCUCCUUUCCUCGUCGAGCAAGAGCUGGAAGAGCGGGCCCCCUUUUUCGGUGCUGACAAGGUCGACAGACUCAAGUCUUAUGUUCCCGUCGUUGAAGCCGCUCUCACUCGAUCGUCUGGGUCAAGCAGGACCGCGUUUCGCAAGCUGGGGUACGAACUCGAAUCGCUGAUUCGCGAGCCGCACAUGGCCCCAUUAGCCAAACCUUCUGGCGGUAUUAACGUGCAACAUGAAGGGCCAGUCGACCCUCGGUUCAAGGGGGGAAACAUAAGCUUGUGCACAACGUGGGCACUCUGCGGCUACGUGACAGUCAAAGCCGAGCAUGGCGCCCAGCUCACACUGAGGCACUUCAACGAAAGAACGAUGUCGAGCGAUGGGGUGCACGAGACGCAGGGGUUGACUUCCAAGGAAAACGACAAAUUCCCAUGGAAACAUGACAACUCGUUGACUCGACCAACCAUCCAACAAACGAAGAAAGAUUCCAUCGACGCGACAAGCUCGCAGCUGCUCGAGCAUCCGCAGUCUGUUUCUUCGUCCACGAACAAACUUAAUUCUGAACGUGCUCGAGAACAAGAUUUAAGAGGGGCUAAACCGGUAGUACACUUCGAAGUCGCAGAGGACGCUAUGGGGAUCGAUCUGGAGCUCAUGUACGCGAAGCUGAACAACGACAAUGAGAUAACUCAGUAUGAUCAUGCGAUCACCGAGGUGCUUCGGAAGUCCUCACCUGCUGCAUUGUUUGGAGAAGGCGAUUACAAGAUUGCGUGCGAGAAGCUUAAAGAAAGGCUGCGCCAAGAGAUUGAUUUAUAUAAGAUGACACUAAAUGAGCAUGGUGAAGAAGAACUUCAACGGAUAAUUCACGCUCGCAAGGCCAGUGAGGAUAAACGAGAUGAAAGGCUGGUGCUCGAGAACGGACAGUUUGCGUCUUGGUUCAUGAUGGAUAAAGCCGCUCCUGUGCCUGCUUCAAGGAAAGCUCAGGACGCCGAUGAGUUGGUUGAACAUCGCGAUAUUGCACCGGUAGUUAUGGACGACUACGAGAAGUUUGUUAUUCGGACGCUCAAAUAUUGUCGUGGACUUCACCUUCCUCUUCCUACGGACAGCGAAAAGUUUGAAGUGCGUCUAGGUUCUGCGUCUUUCGAUGCUGGCGAUCACAAGAUUUUGUGUAGUGAGCUUGAACGUGGACUGCACGAUGAUAUCUUCAUGUACAAGAACCGUCUGAGCUUGCUGGGCAACGUCGCUACUCAACAAGCGAUUCAGGGUUUCGAGGUUACUCGGGAUGGCGCAACACUGUACUCGGGGAUGGAGGGAGGGCAGUUCGCCCAUUGGUUCAUCAUGAGAAUUGAUCCUCAACGUGCUCGACUACACGCAUUGAGUGUGUCUUCGUCAGCAAAAAAUAAUGAGGAUGCAGAGAAUGUCAUGCUCAAGUACAGAAUGUUUAUUGACAAGCAGCUGGUAAAAAUUCGUGGGCGUCACCUUCCUCUUGCUGCGGGAGGCGACAUGCCUCCUGUUUUCGUGCCUUUUGGAGACGACGGUCACAAGCGUGUGUGCGAUGAGCUCAAAAGAGAUCUGAAGAAGAAUAUUGAAGACUAUUCGCGACACCUGACAUACAACGGCAAUGUCGCCACUCAACGUACUAUGUACAAGUAUAGGGACGACGAGUCUGAGUUCAACCGACAGUAUGCGGCGGAGAUUGAGAAAGGGCAGUUCGCUUAUUGGUUCAUCAACAAAGUCGAUCCCGGCGAUGUUCGACGACAGGCUAUCUCCGUAGGUAGAACGCCAGAUGAUCGCGAAAUCGCACACAUUGUUGCGAACGAGUAUACGCAGUUUAUUCAACAGAAGCUUAAAGGUCUCAGCACGAUCUAG